GGCUAGUAGAAGCUGUGCUGUGUGUGAAAUGCUUUAGUCGCGAGUUAGUGAUGUAGCAACUAUGUCGCCACUUAGCAAGGAUAACAAUAACGGAAUUGUGGCUUAGUCGCUGUAUAUGUUGAGGAAACGGUGUGGAUUUUGCAAGUUUUGUAUGGGCAAUUUUUGUUUGCGCUACGACUGGUUAGUGAAAGUGCUUGAAAAGAUAUUAAAAAAAUUAUAAAAAACAAAGUUACUGCAUGAGUCGCAAAGUUUGAAAAAUAUUACUUUCGUCAAAAAUGCCUACGAUGUGCUCCUUUCAACUGGACCGCAUGGAUGCGGUCUACAACAGUGGCGAAUACAUACAUGGACGUAUAAUAUUGAAAACAGACAAAAUGAAGCGUGUAAAUGCUGUCUAUGUAACACUCGAAGGCGAGGCGCGUGUGCAGUGGUCUCUCAGCGGUAAAAGUGAUUCGGCGAACUAUUGUGGCCAUCAGCAAUAUUUGUACACACGCACCAAUGUCUACGAUAGUGCUGAAUUUCGCCCCGGCACUCACGUCUAUGUCUUAAGAUUACGCAUACCGUCCGGUUGUCCGUCCUCAUGCAAAGGCCCAUACGGUUUUAUUGCUUACAAUAUAUCACUAACCAUCGCCAAGCCAUGGACCUUCGAUGAGAUCUUUCGCAAGCCUAUAACAGUGGUGCAGGCGUUGAACUUGAACCAUAAUCCAGAGUAUGGACUACCCAUCCGCGAUGAAAACGUGAAGUAUCUUUGCAAUUGGCCCUGCACCUCCGGCCCCAUUAUGUACACCUUACUACUGCCUUACAAUGGUUUCGUCGCACGCCAACAGAUACCCUUUUUCCUCGAAGUCGAUAACCAAUCACCACAUUACGAUAUUGCCAGCGUUGAGGCUUCACUGAAACAACAUUUUAUAUUCCUCGCACGUCAACCAUAUAAACGAAAUUUCUAUACGAAAACUCUAGCGAAGAGCAUCAUUACGGAACGCACACUUCGGCUGACGAAGCGCAUGUAUCAGGGUACUGUUUGUGUGCCCACCGAUACGCCACGAUCGACACUGAAUCCAAAUUAUAUUGUUUUUGUUCACUAUACGUUGCAAGUGAAAUUGAAAACUGGUUAUUUUCACUAUGACUCAGAUCUAUCGAUGCCGGUGGUAAUCGGUACUGUGCCCAUACAGCACCGGGGCAUGCAAUUAGUGACCACAACUCAGCCACGUAGAAUCAGUACACGUGAUAUGUCUACACUGGAGGAGGAAGAUGGUGAUGUGGCGGGCGAACAGUGGAGUGUGCAGGCGGAAAUUAAUCAGACCGAAGAGGAUGGUGAGAACGAUGAUGAUGACGAUGGUAGCGAUGUGAUCGAAGAAGCUGCGGGUAGGAGUGUGAGAACAAGAGGGGCACGUGCGCAAGAUAUAUCCAAUAAUAAUGAUGACGAUGAGCCGCCUUCGUAUGAUAGUUGUUUGCCACCAUCUUUUAGUUUUGCGACACUCAGCAGCCAACAGACCCUAGACAGUGUAGGUCAUUCGUCGGAUUCCAAAAUACGCGCACAACAUCAGCAGCGUGCCAUUAAGCUGCCCAAGUUCCCCGGAUAUGAUAUCAUUGCUGCCUCCACACAGGCCAUCAAUAUGUCUGCAGACUCAGCAUUGAGCUUGAAUUAUUAUCAUUCUUAUGGUUCGUUGGGCACUGGACACACUGGACGCAGCUUGGACACUUUUGCAUCGAGUUGUGGUGUACUCAGCGAAACAGAUGAACAUGUGCGGGAAGCCAAUGAAGAUGAUGAUGACGAUGAUGACGAGGACAUUUUCUAAGAAAAAUUCUAAUACUUAUUAGUAUUUAUGUAAAACUGAUUUAAGUGCCAAGAACAAAAAAACAACAAAACAUUAAGUGCCAAAAAACAAACAGAAGCAACUUGCCACUCGCCAAUAUGCCAAUACCUCAUUUUGUAGUUUGUAAAUUGUUCAAGUGCUAAUAUUAUACAUUGUAUCCGUUCGAUGCUUUAGGAUUAGUGUAAAAACGUUAUACGAUUUAAUAUAUUUUUUCGGUUGUAAAUGCUUUGAAAUUGUUUUCGACAAUAAAAGUAAGAUG